AUGUUAGGCAGGACAAGUCGAGGGACAACUGCCGGUGUCUCCGGAGACACAGACAGACAGCAGCUUGAAGGGGGUGAACCUUUGACUACGCAUGCUACCAGCAACUGCGGCGACGAGAGUAGCAACAUCCCACCGCCUGUGUCACUCAACCAUCGUACUAGGGAUAUCCGGAUUGUAGAUGUGGCUUCAGAACCUUCCCCCCCUCCCUCCAGCAGUUGGUCACAGUAUUCUGCCACUGCUGUCAACUCCGCACCUGUUUCUGCAAGUCAAUCCAGGUCGUCCUCAUGCUGCAGCGACACAGUGCCUUUGCCUGGAGAGCACCAACAGUGUCGCCCCUUCAGUACACGUGAUUCACUACGCGAAGAUAGGCAAUGUAGCCCCCUGGCUCCAUCACGCAGCUUGGUGCGUGCGGCUGAACUCAACAAAGAUGGUCCAGCACCACUUGCUUCCGAGAGAGGCUUCGAAGCAGGUGCAUCACUGAGGCGCGCUCAUGCAGCUCCUGGUCACGCUAUGCCAGAACACGAAUUUCAACUCCAGGUCUUACGAAGCUUAAAUGUUAUACGUCUGGCCGUACAACAACAAAGUGAUUUGCUAUCACAACUGACGCCGCCUUCAAGGGACCCUGUCGGUGAUGUUCAGCAGCUUGUCGCACAACCAUUCAGUCGUAUUGAAGACUUCGAGCAGUUUGAGAGCACAUUAACCCCCGCCCUGGAGAAACAAUUUGUGCAAGAGCUGACACUCCUAGGUGGAGCUACACCUAAGGCCGCCGUUAAGCGGAUCCUGGAAUACGUUAUGACCGACCAGGUCGCGGAAAAAUACAGCUGGGAAGGACGUAAGGGGAAGAAUGUGUUCCGCGACCUUCGUCUACCUAACAUUAUGAUGCGUGCUGUUCACGCGCAAAAACAGCUGUCAAAGUGCACGAACUACGACCUAGAAAAGGCUACAAAGGCCUGGCUUCGUCACUCAGCCGACAGACUCAAGCGGGUUGCGGAUUGAACCUUCACCAUGCCACACACAGCACGCGACACAGUGCUUUAACCUGUACUCAUUCCUUCAAAUGAAGCAUCCGCCAGCCAGCAGGUUGCACAUCAUAUUUCCAUAUGCAUUAUAUAUAUAUAUUCUGAUAUUAUGAGGUGUGUACACGAAAUAAACAAUGUCUGAGGCUUAAGAUCCGUUGUGCCAUUUAUUGAAGUAAGAAAAUUAUGUAAUUUUAAAGAAAAAUGCAUGAUUUAGCAAAGUCCUAUUUAUGUCUCAAAUCCUGUGAUUGACGUUCCAUGGAUGUUCCUGGGACAUCCGUUUUGGG